GAUAUUUUCAGACAACUCCAAAACCUGCGGUACUCUUUCCAUGCUUGAGUGUUGAAGUCAUCUGAGGGGCCAAACUCAACUGGAAACACCUGUUACCAUAAACCCAAAGUUUCCCUUAGGUCAUGUUGAGCAGACUGAUAGUGACACUGCUGACUUUGGGUUUUGUUUCUUCUCUGUAUGAAGAUCAGAUUGGAAAAUUUGACUGGGUGGAACAGUAUUUAGGGAAAGCCAAAUUUGUUGAAUUGGGACACUCAUCUCAUGGAAACCACAUUUUUGUGGCAUCAGAGAAAAAUGUCAUCGCUGGGAUUGAUCCAAAGAAUGGCAAUAUCCAGUGGAGACAAGUAUUGGAAGAGGAACCAGUCAGUGGAUUUGAUGACCUUUUUUAUGUGGAUUCAGAGUUGAUCUCAGUGUUUAGAGGUGGAAUCAUCCAUAGCUGGUCUCCAUUGAAAGGAUCUCUCCUCUGGCAUGGAGACUUCCGCCCAACUUCUUUACGGUCUUUGUUGAAGAGGCACUAUUAUGCUUCAAAAGAAGAGGUGUUUCUGGUUGACAUCACAGAUGCACAAGGUGUCUCAGUGAAAGGCUAUAAGAAAGGAUCUGUUGAGGCAAGCACUUCUGGCCAUUGGGAAAUUCAUGCCCCUUGGUUAUCACUCAAUUCCAAAUGUGGAACUGCUGGUGGAAUUUUUGCCUGCAUCCGAGGAGAUGGCAAGGGAAUAACUUUGGAAUACUUCCACCUUGACACAGAUGCGUAUCGCACAGGAUUCAAGUCUUUGCAUAUAAGUGACACCAGCUCUGUGGGAUUAGCAGAUGUGAAGCCCGUGGAUGGUUUGAGAAACCAUCCAUAUUUUCAGGUGUUGAUCCAGGACAAAGUUCAUCUUUUGAGGAUGUCUGAUGAUACAACUUCUGGUUCAGGACCUCGCAUUCUUUGGGUGAAGACCAAUAUCAGCCAAUUGGCUGGGUUUUCAACAGGAGACCAUAUUUAUGUGACUGCUAUUGAUCUUCAGAAUGAAAAUAGCAUCCUAGUGAUAGGAGAAAGUGGAGAGGUUAUCAAACGUGAAAGCCUGAAUUUAGCUCCACAUCAUGGAAAGAUUGACAUGCAUAUUCCACAUCAUAGCAAAGAUGGAAGUACCAUGAUCCUUACUGUUACUGAGGAUCAUGCUCUGUCCUUAAUGCGACUCCCAGGAAUGACAGUGUGGGAACGAGAGGAUGGACUGGCCUCUGUACUUGCAGUGGACUUUGUUGACCUACCUGUCACUAGGAGUGAUGCUUCUGUAGAGGAAGAAUUUGCUACUGCUUCCAGUGCAUGGAAAAUGCUAUGGAAUCGCAUACGCAGCCAGGUGAAUCAGUUGGAAUCUCUUGUAAGACACAUACUUGGGUUUCAGCCUCCUCCAACUCUUGAGGAAAAACUCCAUCUUGUUAGGGAUCGCUUCAACCUUCACAAGAUGAUUGUUCUUGUGACUGCACCAGGCAAGGUGUAUGGGAUGGCGAGUGAACAUGGAAAGUUGAUUUGGAAGGUAUUCCUACCUAGUGUGAAGCCUUUGGUCAGUGAAGCAGGCCCUGAAUUAAUUCUUUUUCUCCAGCGAUCAGCCUCCUAUUUCCCUCAUCUCUCCGUUUGUACUCUGAUUGGAAGGAAGGAGGACUCAGGAGAAGGACUAUUGGUUUCUUUCAACCCAAUAUCUGGAGAACUUUAUAAUCAAGAGCCUCAUGUCCUCCCCCCAAUUGCUCAUGCAUCUCUCUUUCACAAGCACGAUUCUGAAUUCCUUUUUCCAAUCCUCAUUCUGGACAAGGCUCACCAAGUUCAUGUCAUUCCUGAAUCAGCUACUCCCAUCCUUGAAGAUUUGAAGGAUUCAAUAUUCGUUUAUCUGGCAGAUGUGGACGCAGGGACUGUUCAGGGUUUUCAUUUUCGAGAUUCUUCUGACAAGGGGUUAGUGGGGAAAGAAGCCUGGAGGGUACAUUUUCCUGUGAAUACACAAAGAAUUGAAAUGAUUUCAAAGAAGCGUCAGGGGGAAAAAGUGCAUUCCCAGGGCCGAGUCCUUGGGGAUCGCAGUGUCCUCUACAAGUAUCUCAAUCCUAAUCUCUUUGCACUUGCCACAACUUCUUAUGACAGCAUUGCCAAAUAUUCUCUGAAUGUGUACCUGUUGGAUGGAGUGACUGGAGGGAUCCUGGCAACUGCCAAUCAUAAACGUGCUCGUCCCCCCCUCCAUAUGAUUCAUUUUGAGAAUUGGCUCAUCUACUCUUACUUUAAUGAGAAGCUACGUCGAGUUGAGGUUGCUUCCAUGGAACUGUAUGAAGGAACUACUCAGCACAAUUCCACUGCAUUUACAUCUUUGUAUGGCAAACACCAUCCCAUGAUCGAGAAACAAGGUUACAUCUACACUACCAACAUUGCUGCCAUGAGAGAGACCAUCACAGAGAGAGGAAUCACCAGCAAACAUGUUCUCAUUGGGAUGCCACAAGGUGCAGUGGCAGAACUGGCCAGGAAUUUCCUUGACCCUAGGCGACCAUUGAUAAUGACAGCAGAGGCACACGAGGAAGGUCUUGUCAUCUACAUUCCAGAACUCCCAAUUCAAAUGGACAGCAUCAUCAACUACAAUCAGAGCAUCCCCCGCAUCAGGAAUAUCCAUACUCAUCCCACAGGACUGGAAUCCACUUGCCUUGCCUUUGUCUUGGGACUUGAUCUGUUCCUGACGAGGGUUUCUCCAUCAAGGACAUUUGAUGUGCUGAAAGAAGACUUUGACCAUACUUUAAUUUGCACCGUCCUGUUGGGGCUGUUGGUGGCCUGUUAUGCAACCAAACACCUGGCAGCUCGCAAGGCUCUCAACCAGGCGUGGAGAUGAUUUUCUAGUCUCUUGUAGUUCUGAACCUCACAAGAGAGGAGAUGGAAAGAAGACAAGACAUAUUCCCUACCCAUGCUGUGAUCUCCCAUCAUUGUCAUUCUGAGUGACUGAAAGUGUGUGCUGGUGACUCCCAUAUGUAUGUCGCACUUCUGAACCAAUGAAAAGGCUGAGAGUUUUCCCCCUUGAA